CGGCCGCACUGCGCAGCCGCGGGACGCGCUGCCGCCCAGCCCCGCCGCCCGCCGAAGAAGGAGGCGAGGCGAUGAGCAUGGCGGGCGCCGGCGAGGGCGGGCACCCACGGGCGCGAGUGUCUCGCCUCGUCUCCUUCAGCGCGACCCACCGACUCCACAGCAAAUCUCUGAGUAAUGAAGAAAAUUUGAAGCUGUUUGGGAAAUGCAACAAUCCAAAUGGCCAUGGGCACAAUUAUAAAGUUGUGGUGACAGUGCAUGGAGAGAUUGAUCCUGUUACAGGAAUGGUUAUGAAUUUGACCGACCUCAAAGAGUAUAUGGAGGAGGCAAUUAUGAAGCCCCUCGAUCAUAAGAAUCUGGAUCUGGAUGUGCCAUACUUUGCAGAUGUUGUAAGCACGACAGAAAAUGUGGCUAAAUAUAUCUGGGAAAACCUCCAGAAAUUUCUUCCUCUGGGAGUUCUUUAUAAAGUAAAAGUGUAUGAAACUGACAAUAAUAUCGUUGUCUAUAAAGGAGAAUAGCUUUUAGGGGUUAAUACUGUAGAAAGACUAAUUUCUUCCCAUAUUUGAAAAAGGUCUUUAUAUACCUUUGGACUAUUACGAGCUCAUCACAUACUUGUUAUACCUCCACAUUGUGUUUGGAGUGCCUGACUGACUGAAAUCAUUGUGCGUAAGACCUGUUGUGAAUUCAAAUCUAUCUUAAAACCAAACUUGUAAAACAUCCUGAGUGUCAUUUAGAGAGUCUUUUAUUUAUAGAUUAAAUAUCACUUCAUUUUCAGUAAAUUGUUUUGCGAAGUUUAAAAGCAAAAUAAAUCAAUUUUUGUUUUUCCAUUA